AUGCAGAGAGCUCCAGCGUGCUCUGACCAGUUCUUCAGUGAUCUGCACACUUUCCGACAGGUCAACAGAGAUGCGUGUGUCCACAGCCAACAAGCAGGGUAAUUGCAUUCACUUAAUCUAAUAUAUUUUUCUUGAGCUGUGAAUAUGAUUUGGUGUUCAAGUAUUUUUAAUCAAAAGAAUAUGAGGGCUAUGACUUAUUAUUUGAUGAAUGACUGUUGAUAUACCCUCCUCACAGAUUAUCUGAAGAGGACCUCUCACGCCAACCACUGUCAAUAAAGAAGAAAGACCCACAGCACACCAUGGGCAUUCACCAGUGUAUGAGUAACUUUAGCAAGCUUUUGGAUUAGACCUAAAUAAUGUCACUAUUGCUUACUGAAGAAGAGACCCUGAAUAACUGUCCUGUCUGAAUCUAUUUAUCCUUGUUGUUUAGGUACGUUCUGUUACAGGAUCAACAGCCGACUGUUCCCAACCCUGUUGGAUUCUCAGGAGUCAUACCCCGUGUGUAAGAAGCCCAAAUCCCAAAUCCCCCACACUGCGGCCGAGACAGUCUUUAUCAGGUGAGAUCACCUCAUCCUUUUGGUGUCACCUUUCAUCCCACUGAAUCUCAAAAAUUAUAAUAAAGUUAAGUCCAUUACAAACCAAUAUGGUGUAUUAAUACCAUCAUGUUAUAACACUUGUCCUCGUCAUAAAACAUAUGCUUUUGUUCCUGUGUUUCUGUCCCAGGGUAGGCAUCCCUCGCUCUACCCUGUUGCCAGCAUACUAGUACAAAGCCCAUCGGAGGUGUAGCUUUGACCCUGCCGACAGCCUGGAUCUACCAUCGGUGUGUGGCCUGUGUGUGGUAGUAAAAGAAGGCAUACUACAUAUCGCCACACAAUGUGGAUUUGACAUUGAAACACUUCUCCGUCAUAUGAAUUCUACUUAAGCAAUUAGGACCGAGGGGGUGUGGUAUAUGGCCAAUAUACCAUGGCUAAGGGGCUGUUCUUAGUUACAACGCAACGCGGAGUGCCUGGAUACAGCCCUUAGCUGUGGUAUAUUGGCCAUUUACCACAAACCCCAGAGGUGCCUUAUUGCUAUUAUAAACUGGUUACCAACCUAUUUAGAACAGUAAAAAGUUUAUUUUUGUCAUACCCCGUGAUAUACCACGGCUUUCAGCCAAUCAGCAUUCAGGGCUCGAACCACCCGGUUUAUAAUCUCUGUUAACUGUCAUCUUGCUCAUUCUCAUUGUUUAUCUGACCCAUAGUUCAACCACAGGUUUUAGUUCUAGUUUUAGUUCACAUCACAAGCCUUUGAUUUUAUAUCACAUCACAAGCCUUUGAUUUUAUAUUCCCUACAGCACUGUUCUGUCAGGCUGGUCCAACACAGUCCAAAGCACUGGGCCCCAGCUCAGCAGCCUGGAUCUGAGGAGCUCUGUGGACACGACGGCAGCAUCCCUGGAUUCCCAUCUGCACAGGAGCAGCUGGUGAGCCAUUGCAAGAUGGAAGAACACAUAUCACAAGUCUUGGUGGUCAUGGCAAAGCUUUGUGUGUCUUAUGUUAGCAUGUGUUUGUUUGGCAUACUGGUAUGGAGUGUCUGGUUGAUUGGUUGUCUGUUUUUUUUCUUCAGGAUCCCUGUGUUCAGAGUGUCUGGCAGCCAGCGCUCGACCGCUACUGUUUGCAGGGCCUGCCUCCCAUCAGCAAACCACACAGUCCGUCCAACCCUGUGUUCUGA